AUGUAUGUAAAUACCAAAAGAUCCAUAUCGUUUGAUAUCUCAUGGGCCAAAUGGGUUGUAUGUGCUCUUAGUGAUUUACCGACUCCCUAUGCUCCACCCAAAACAUCACAUAUUGUUGGUCCCACUCCUGCCCUAGAUAUGCCUGCUUUUGUUGCUCCACCAUCGGGUUUUACUCCUACUCCUAGUACUUCAUUUAUUUAUCAUGCUUAUGAUGCCCCACCUGCGACUGAUACUGCUCCACCUCCGAGUCCUGGUUAUAUUGUUCCACCUCAGUCUUCAACUUGUAUGAGUAGUCAUACUCUUAGUGAUCCAUCGACUCCCUAUGCUCCACUCGGUUUUGAGCAUGUUGCUUCACCUACGGGUUUUGAGCCUACUGCUCCACCGAGUCCUGAUUUUGCCACCCCACCAGAGAGCCCUGAUGAUGGACUGCAAUGUAUUUGA